AAUUUCAAGAGUUUCUUAUAAAGAACUACUUCAUACCCUUUGAUAAUUAAGUUAGCUGCAGACACGAUGCUAUUUUAGUUCUGUGUUUGGGGGGGUUCAGUGUUUAUUAUCUGAAAAGGAGAACAUUCUCCCACAUUCAAAAUUAGGUAACAUUGGUCAAGACUAUUACCUAAAAUGUUUCCAGUUGUCCUAAUAGUGCUGUAUGUUGAAACUACUCUUUUAUUGGCUGCUCCCCCCUCCAUCCCUCCUCUGCAUUCAGCUGACUCUCUUUAGUCUUCUUCAGUGUGGAGCAGCUCCCCAGGUUCCCUUGACUCUCAUGCCUGACACUGAAGAUUCCUGGCCAUUUGUUUUGUAGAGCUGGGUUUGGGGUUGUCUAAGAUUUCUUCACUUGAUCUUAGCAAAAAGGCCAAGCAGCGAUUGAGAUUUCUUCACCGUUUGACUCUGUUGCGGGCAGAAGUGCUGCUGACCCGACACCUUUAUUCAGAGUGCCCACCGUGGAGCCAUGGUCCACGCCUUCCUCAUCCACACCUUGCGGGCUCCACAGGCCCAGGACACGGGCCUUUGCCGAGUGCUGUACUCCUGCAUCUUUGGUGCCGAGAAUUCACCUGAUGACCCACGGCCACAUGGUGCUGAGAGGGACAGGCUCCUCCGAAAGGAGCAGAUUUUGGCUGUGGCCAGGCAGGUGGAAUCCAUGUGCCAGCUGCAGCAGCAGGCGUCUGGCCGGACCUCCGUGGACCUACAGCUUCAGUCCUCAGAUGAGCCAGUGCCCCUUCAGGAGGCCCCGCUUGGGGCCUUCCGCCUGGCAGCCGGGGACCCUUUCCAGGAGCCUCGGACAGUGGUGUGGCUGGGUGUGCUCUCAUUAGGCUUCGCCCUGGUGCUGGACACCCACGAGAACCUGCUGCUGGCUGAGGGCACUCUCCGGCUGCUGGCACGCCUCCUCCUGGACCACCUCCGGCUGCUUACCCCCAAUACCAACCUCUUGCUUAGGGCCGAUCGCAUCGAGGGCAUCCUCGCCCGCUUCCUGCCCCAUGGUCAGCUGCUCUUCCUCAAUGACCAGUUUGUCCAGGGUCUGGAGAAGGAACUCAGUGCUGCCUGGCCCCGCUGACCCCUCACUGGGAUGGGGCUUCCUGGGAGGCAGGGAAGGAGGACGGGGAAGGAUGGACACACAGCCAGGUGAAGCUUGGCAUCGGCCUCCUUCUCAGCCGGCUCCCAGCUCUGCUGUGCUGCCGCAUCCAGGACAAGUGGAUGGGACAAACUGGCAGAAAAGAGGGCGGGCAGAGGGUGGUGAGGAGGAAUCCCAGAACAUCCUGUGCCCGGAGCUGCCUUGUGACGUGUUUCAGACUGCUCUAGAGGGCCAGCCCCCCCGUCCUUGACCCCAGUUUCUCCCAUCCCCGGCAGCCAGCCCCCAAAACAGUCCACCAGUUGCUAGUGUUGGAGCAUGAGGAGUGGAACUCAGCCCACUUUCUCCUUCCAAACCCACAGUCCUCGCAGUGCAGAAGGAACCUGAGACUCCCAGGGUGGAGGAGCUGGUUGCUGUAUUUGUACCCACUUAGGCAGCAUUAUCAACAAGGAUUUUGUCAGUGAGGGCCUGCUCGAGGUCCAGCCCCACCACAGUUCACAAAUGUGUCGUUCAUUCAGCAGGGGGAUUCUGUAGCACUCUUUGGGGCCAGCCCUUGCCCACCAGGCAGCCUCAAGAUAAUCAUGGGUUUCCCUUGUCUGCAGGGAGAGAAGGUACCAUUAGGUGGGUGCAAGAAGUUUAGCCAGGAUGAAGUUGUCUUUCUUGUUUUGAAUUAAAAGCAUUCGUUGUGUGA